AUGGGAUCUUCUGCGAAGAAAAAGAAAGAGAAGAAGGCAGAUUUUCAAAAAGCGAAAUUGAAAGUCGGCAAGGCUCGACCCAAGAACACCAACGCAACCGAUACCAGCUUUCAAGCCAAGUCAAUCGUUCUCAAACAGCAGAAUCUCAGUGAAGGAAGCCGCGAUGCUACAGCGCUGUUCGAUCACAAUCUAUCGCUCCUCAGCAGCAAAACCGAUAUCCAGCGACGCGAUGCUUUGAUCUAUUUAACGACAGCUGUUGCUGCCUCACCAAAUGCUUUGCCAAGGCCCGCCUCGCAGAUUGUCGAGAAGGCGCAAUCGUUGAUUCUGGACGGAAGUUCUAGUGUUCGAAGUCAAGUUCUAAAGCUGUUCAAACUUUUGCCAGCGAAUCAACUGGGCGAUUUGUCGCGGACGUUGCUCUUCGCUCGAACGGGAAUGACCCAUUUGUCCAACGAUAUUCGACUGGAUGCUCUCGACUUGUUCGAUUGGUUGAUGGAAACGAACGGUGAAGCAGCCGUGAGCGUGGCAGGAGGCUGGGCGAAGACCUUGCGCACCUUCCAGACUGUCCUUUCAUGGCAGGAUGCGGCGCAUAAUGCUCCUGCCGCAAAUGGGAACUGGUCAGCUGCGAAGUCAAGAAGCAAUCUCGGUAGCAACAAGCUUUUGCUCAACUCGCUCUCUCGCCUCCUGACUAUGGGUUUGACUCAAGCUCCGGUAGAUUCGCAGGCUCAAGCCAAGCGAGCUGCCGAGCUGUUCCCACUGUGGCAGACUGACGCCCAUAUGGUGCCGAAGAAAAGCAAUCCUUAUGGCUAUCUCAAUCUUUUUGGAGCCCCGAGAGAUGUUGAGAGCGAGGUUUAUGAUAACGCUGAGGAAAGAGCGAACGUGUUUGUUGAAAUUGGACUCGACCAAGUCUUCGAACAUGGAGUGCGGGAAGCGAAAAAGGAAGGCGGUGAGGUAGGUAGAGCAGCCAGCGCGGUCGAUAAGGCUUUACGUCUUCUCAAAUCAAAAUGA